AUGGCAGACAAAUGUCCGGUCGACCACGGUAGUCAUUCUUCUAACCAGACCUGUCCUGUCGACCACAAAUCUCGUACGACAUGGGCCUCUGUUUUUCCAGGGAGCAAUUCUAGACAUCCGGUCACACCAUCUUCGCUCUCGACCGAGCGCGAGGUGUCUUCGAUACCGCGAGUAGACAACGGUAAUUGGGUAUACCCGUCGGAAGCUCAGUUCUUUGCUGCCAUGGCACGCAAGAAUCACGAUCCGCAUGCCCCAGAUAUGAAGACCAUUAUUCCUAUUCACAACGCCGUAAAUGAACGCGCUUGGUCAGAACUGAUGAAAUGGGAAUCUGGGAGAGGUGGUGAAAAGUGUGGGGGAGUAAAGCUUGUAACCUUCAAGGGCAGACCUAAUGAUAUGACCCCAAAAGCUCGAUUAAUGACCUUGCUCGGGUACUCUGCUCCCUUCGAUCGUCACGACUGGGUGGUCGAACGAUGUGGAACCCGGAUCAGAUACGUGAUCGACUUCUAUACCGGACGGGGGGCAGGGCCCUCGUCAAAUAAUGUCUCUUUCUAUCUUGAUGUCCGGCCUGCCUUAGACAAUUGGGAAGGGGUGAAAAUGAGAGCCGAGAAUAUUUGGCAGGAUUGGUUUGGAAGUGUUCGUAGUAGCAACACCCCAUCUCAGUCAUGA